UCGUAUAGUAUCGGAUUUACCGAGACGCGCUAAUGGUGCAAUCGCAUCGGCCGGUGGUAGGCCGCCGCCUCUAUAUAUAAACCGAUAUUAUUCACGUUAGAACACAUUGUCUACCGCAACCAUCAAUAUUGCACCAACAUGAAGACCAUUAUCAUGCUUGCCCUGGUAGCGGCGGCCUUCGCGGCGCCGCAAGCGCCCACUGAGCCCAUCCCGAUCCUGCGGCAGGAGAGCGAGAUCAGCCCCGACGGCUCCUACUCGUGGGCCUACGAGACCGGCAACGGUAUCUCGGCCGACGAGAAGGGCAGCCUCAAGAACAUCGGCGCCGAGGAGCCCGCGCUGGAGGUGCAGGGGCAGUUCGCGUACCCCAGCGAGGACGGCGGCAACAUCCAGCUCACCUACAUCGCCAACGAGAACGGGUUCCAGCCGCAGGGCGCGCACCUCCCCACCCCGCCCCCCAUCCCCGAGGCCAUCCAGCGCGCGCUCGCCUACCUCGCCACCGCGCCGCCGCAGCCCGAGUCCCGCCGCUGAGCCACCCUCCUUCUUCAUAUUGAAGACAGUCAGCCGUUGUUAACCUCCGACCUCACAAGCGAUGGACUUAGAGAUUGUAAUCAACAUGGACGUUUGUUCGAAGCCGUUGCGUCACCAGUCAAGGAGGCGGAGUUUUUACUGCGGGCUUUUAAUUAGUUUAAACGUGUUUGUAAAUAGUGUGAUAUUUUUUUUACUUUCAAUAUUUAAUACAGAUAUAGUAAAAUUUU